AUGGAUCUAGGUGACUAUCUACUUGUUGCUUUAGACCUUUGCAUUAGAGCUGAGGGCUGGCCACCUCUAGUCAGCCGUCAUGCCAGAAACCGCUCAUACAAAAUUAAAGGUCAAAAGUCAGAAGGGGAAAACCAUACAAUCACAUGCAGGGCAGCCAUUGCCUGGGCAACAAAUUCUCCUCUGUCAAUUGAAGAAGUGCAAGUUGAGCCCCCAAAGGCUGGGGAAGUUCGUAUUAAGAUGACAUCUUCAGGGAUCUGUGGUUCUGAUGAUCAUGUCUUGAAAGGAAUAAUCCCAGUGAAGUUUCCUUUAAUCCCAGGCCAUGAAGGAGCCGGGAUUGUGGAGAGUAUAGGUGAUGGAGUGAACUCCGUGAAACCAGGAGAUAAAGUCCUUACACUCAUUAUUCCACAGUGUAGAGAAUGUAGUUCCUGCUUACACCCCAAAGGCAACUUCUGUGAGAAGCAAGACAGAUUUACCUGCAAAGGAAAGAAGAUUUAUCACUCUUUCCGCACAAGUACAUUCACUGAAUAUACCAUUGUGCCUGAGAUUGCAGUGGCAAAAAUUGAUGAUGCUUCUCCUAUGGAUAAAGUUUGUCUCAUGAGCUGUGCAAUGCCUACAGGCUAUGGGGCUGCUGUUCAUUCAGCCAAGGUCACCCCUGGUUCCAUCUGUGUGGUCUUUGGACUUGGAGGAAUUGGCUCAGCCAUUGUCAUGGGCUGCAAAGCCUCUGGUGCUUCUAGGAUCAUUGGAGUUGACAUCAAUGAGGAGAAGUUUCCUCGGGCAAAAGCCUUAGGUGUCACUGAUUGUCUCAACCCUCAGAAACUCAAGAAGCCUGUCCAGCAGGUGGUGAGGGAAAUGACAGGCGUUGGUGUUGACUUUGCCUUUGAGGCCAUUGGACUCACUGAAACCAUGAUAGCUGCUUGGGACUCCUGCCACCUGAGCUACGGUGUCUGUCUGAUCAUCGGGGUGGCUCCACCAAAUUCGAAGCUUCCCCUUGAUGCAACAACAAUUAUCACUGGGAGGAUAAUGAAGGGCGUCUGUUUAGGAGAAUAUAAAACCAGAGACUGUAUUCCCCAAAUAGUGACUGCUUAUCUGCAACAUAAGGUUAAUGUCGAUCCAUUAAUAACCCAUCAGCUGCCUUUUGAACAAAUCCACGAAGCCUUUGAGUUGUACCAUGCUGGAAAAGUCAUCCGCUGUGUUCUGCUAUUCUGAGAUCCCAGGCGACAAAAGUUGUGAAGAUGUCCUUGGAGACUCCCUUCCUGUCCUGUUCCACCUCCCUGAUUAUUCCAGUACACAGGAAAGAGAAGCAUCAAAAAUGGAAAUGUAGUGUGGCUGUGCAAAAAAAAAUGUGCCUCUUGAAUGCCAUUAUAAUAAAAUAAGUUCUGAGAGCUAA